CUUUAAGGCGGAGGUGAAACUCCAUAUUGAACCAGUAAGACGCAAAUAGCUUUGUAGCGAACUUCCAAGCCAAGGACCCUAACUACAAUUGCUUUAUCCCAAAAUAUCGACUGUUAACUAAAGGAGUUAUUAGGGACAUUCCUGUUGAAUUCUCCGAAACGGAACUCUCAGAAAUGAUUAUCUCCUCUCAUGAAAUUUACUCUCUAAAUAGAAUGUAUAAAUACGAUAGAAUUAAGAAAGAAAAAUACCCGAUCCCAAUGAUCUCAGUCACUUUCCUAGCUAACUCAAUCCCAAACUUCGUAAUGUUCGACUACUUCAAGGCGGAGGUGAAACUCCACAUCAAGCCAGUCACCCAAUGUAACAUCUGUAUGAAGUUUGGGCAUAUCAGUAAAUUUUGCAGAGGCAAAAAAACAUGCCGCCUAUGCGGAUUACCGUCCCAUGCAGGGGAAUGUGUAACCAAAGAAAAGAUUAAGUGCCUGAACUGCAAACAAGCCCAUCCACCAACAGACCUGAAAUGUCCAGAAAGGAAAAAACAACCCAAAAUUAAUGGUAUCAUAGCUGCAAACAACAUAAGCUACUCCAAAGCCAAAACAAUAGUGGGUUCAUAUAAUGAUGAUUAUAAAUUCCGUACAAAAAAAAAACCCUUGUUAACACAGUGAAGUCAUUCCUAAACCUGGGGAUCACAAGUAUUAGUAAUAAAUUCUCUCUGCUGGAGAUACAUCAUCUCCUACCUAGAUACUCAUCAUUUAAUUCAGAACCUGACCCUCCUAAAAAACCUAAAACCUCCUCAAAAAGAGAGGAAUCAUUUUAUACAUCCUGCACAAAGCCUGCC